UGGCGCAUGCGUACAAAUUCCGGACCGGGCUUCAGAUCAGUUAGCAGGUGAAGAAGGUCCCAGCUCCCGUUUUUUCUGUGGCAAGAAUCCUUUUUAUGUCUUGCUCUUGACCAUGUCGACGGGAGGGUUGGUUUCGGCAGUUUCCCUGCCUUUAUAAAACACAGAUACUCAGGCUUGGCUGUAGGCUACUCGAUGAAGUGUUAUUUCGCACAGAUUGAUAAAGUUAUAUGAACAACUCAGGUUGACUGGCUCUCAAAUGCAACAUGGUGUGCUCAUAUAGGAUGUGGUGGUGUCCCAGCUCUGUGCUCCACCUGUUGCGCUGUGUGCGGUUGCGGCCUUGUGCCAGGAGAGGAAGGAACAGGUGGCCUCUGGGGAUUAGGGAGAGAUGGGCUUAUAUGAAAUUGCUAGUACAGUCACUUUACUUUAACUCCCUCACGGACUCAGAUGUGGUCUUUGACUCAAUCUUCGAACCUGUGUUUUGGACUGUGGAUUAUAUCACCCGCUGGUUUGGCCUGGUGUUUGUUUGGCUGGUGGUGAUAUUGACCAGCUCCAUCCUGGGUAUAGCUUAUGUGGUCCUACUGCCUCUGAUCCUCACCACAUACUCUCCUGCAUGGAUUGCUUGGCACAUUUGUUAUGGACAUUGGAACAUCAUCAUGAUUGUUUUUCAUUACUACAAGGCUGCAAAGACCUCCCCUGGGUGUCCACCUAUGGAAAGAAACAGCACUCCAUUUGUGUCAGUCUGCAAAAAAUGCAUCAUUCCCAAACCAGCAAGAACACACCACUGUGGUAUCUGUAACAGAUGCAUUCUGAAAAUGGACCAUCAUUGUCCCUGGCUGAAUAACUGCGUGGGUCAUUUUAACCACCGUUACUUCUUCUCCUUCUGUCUCUUCAUGACCUUAGGCUGUGUCUACUGUAGCAUCAGUGGUAGAAACCUGUUCCUAGAUGCAUACAGUGAUCUUGGGAGGUUUAAGCAUUUGGAUAUGGAAAAGCCAGGGGUCCCAGUAACAGGGAUGGGACUUCUUAUAGGGCUUCUCCCCUCUGGUCAGACAAACUAUCAGACGCCUGCACCACCAUACUCCUUUAAGGAUAAGAUGAUUAAUAAGAGCAUCAUCUACAUGUGGGUGCUUACCAGCACAGUGGGACUGGCCCUGGGAGCUCUAACAAUUUGGCAUGCUGUUCUCAUAUCCAGAGGAGAAACCAGCAUAGAAAGACAUACUAACAGUAAAGAAAGAAAACGAUUGGAAAAAUGGGGACAGGUAUACAAAAAUCCUUUCAACUAUGGCAAGCUGAAUAACUGGAAAAUCUUCCUUGGGGUGGAGAAGAGAAGUCACUGGGUGACCCGUGUUCUCCUUCCCUCUGCACACACCCCACAUGGUAAUGGUUUGACGUGGAAUGUUUUUCCAUUUAAAAAGGACUUUCUGGCUGUAUGACAGACUAUGCCUUCUUCAGCACUCUUUUCUGUGUCCAACAAACUCUGGUCGUUUGAUACAACAGGUCUCUUCAGUUGUACAUCAACGUUUAAUAUCUCAAAAUAUUACUGGGGCUUCGCUCGUGUUAAGUGGUCUACAUUGUUUAGGACUGGAAAAGGCUAUGUGCCAUGGAUGGUUUGUGUUUUACUUACAAACUGCAACUGCUCUUACUUGACUCUUUGCAUUGUGGUAAUGAUGGGCUGUUAUUUUUACAAGCCACUUGUUCUGACUGAUAUGUCACUGGUCUAAGGUACCUGCAUAAAAUUUUUUUAAGCAAAA